AUGCCGACGGUUGUGUCUGCACCGAGCAUGCCAAUAGAGUUGUCCACACCGAACACGCCAACAGAGUCGCCCGCACCAAGCACACCAACGCUAUCAACCGUGCCGAGCACACUGAUUGUGUCGUCCUCGCCAAUGUUGUCAACCUUGCCAAGUGUGACAAAGCUGUCUCCAGUGCCAUCGAUGUCUCCAGUGCCAUCACUUUCUUCAGUGCCAUCCCUUUCUCCAGAGCCGUCGCAGUCUCCAGAGCCGUCGCUGUCUUCAGUGCCGUCGCUCUCUCCAGAGCCGUCGCUGUCUCCAGAGCCAUCGCUGUCUUCAGUGCCGUCGCUAUCUCCAGAGAUGUCGCUGUCUCCAGAGCGGUCACUGUCUCCAGAGCCAUCGCUGUCUCCAGUGCCCUCGCUGUCUCCAGUGUUGAGGCUGUCGCCUGAACCGUCACUUCCGCUCGUGUUGAGCACACCGUCAUUGUCGCCCACACUGAGGGCCCUGCCACUGUCGCCCUCAGUGAGUACAGCAUCUCAGUCAUCCACUUUAAGUGCACCGACACUGUCACCCAUGGUGAGCGCACCGACACUGUCGCCUGCACUGAGCAUGCCGAGACUGUCGCCCGUGAUGAGUGUGUCAAUGCUGUCACAUUCACCGAGCAUGCCAUCACUGUCACCCAUGGUGAGCGCACCGACACUGUCACCUGCACUGAGCAUGCCGAGACUGUCGCCCGUGAAGAGUGUGUCAAUGCUGUCACAUUCACCGAGCAUGCCAUCACUGUCGCCCAUGCUGAGUGCGCCAACACUGUCACCCGCACCAGGACUGUCUCCCCUGCCGUGUGCGCCAAUGAUGUCACCUGCAUUGUCCGCUACCACUGUUUCCUGCACCGAGCACGCCAAGUGUGACACUGGUGUCACCCGUGCCAAUACUGUCACCCAUACCGAUGCUGUCGCCCGUGCCGAGUAUGCCAGUGCUGUCGCCUGUGCAGAGUGGGUCAACGCAGUCGCCCACAGUAAGCAUAUCAAUGCUGUCGGCCAUGCUAUGCGUGCCAACACUGUUGUCCGCACUAAGCGCACCAAACCUCGCGCUCGCACUAAGCGCACUAAGCGCAUCCGCACUGAGCCCACCAGUACAGUUGCCCACACAGAGAGCACCUGCACAGUCACUCGUGCCAAGCGUGACAGCGCUGUCACUCGGGCCAAGUGCACCAAAACUGUCACCCGUGCCAGCAUACAGAAUUAUAAAGAUUUUGUUGCGAAUUUGAGAAUGUACCAGUCACGAAGAACAAUGAGAGGAGCACAGUAUAGAAGAUGUUACUACCAAAGGGGAAGAGGCAGACAGUUAACACGACAAGAAAUUGCACUUCAGGAUGAGCUGCAGCAUUUAGUAGAUUAUCUACAUAAACAACCAUUUGUGACUCCAGAAUGUGAUGACCUUUCAAAUUCAGAGACUGAAACCACAUUUUUGCAGCAGCAACCAUUGUUGUAUACACCUCCAGUGCUACAAACUAUUAUGGAAUUGGAGAAAGGGGAUCUGCAGGUGAAGAAAGGUGUGAUUCCAAAACAAAAUGAUCCGCCAAAUGUAAGUCUGUCAGAGCCAAACAUUAAGUUUACACAGGAGCAACAGUUCAUGCCAGAAUCUCCAGUACCAAAGCCAAUGAAUUAG